GCUGUAUGAGGCUUGUCAAGGAGCAUCUUAGCUGUUGGCAUUCAAAAUCUGAACUCAAAGCUGAAGUCCUUUGUGGAAUCAAGGAGAUUGGUAGCAUAUUGUACUGGAUGGGACUUCUUGAUAUUGUAUUGAGAGAAGUGGAUACCCGCCAUUUUAUGCAAACUGCCCCUUGGUUGGGCUUGAUUCCUGGUGCUGACGGGCAAAUAUUGCACUCUCAAGAUGGGGGAGAUAGCCCUAUGGUCACUCUGUUUAAAUCAGCAACUACUGCCACCACGUCCAACCAUAACUGUACAAAUCCAUCAUCAUUUCACACUAUAUCAAGACAAGCAGAAGCUGCUGAUUUGUUGUAUAAGGCCAAUAUUAACACUGGAAGUGUGCUGGAAUAUGCCCUUGCUUUUACAAGUGCCGCAUUAGAUAAAUACUGCAGUAAAUGGAGUGCAGCCCCAAAGACGGGAUUUAUUGAUAUUACCACUUCCAAGGACUUCUACCGGAUUUUCAGCGGACUCCAGAUUGAAUACUUGGAGGAAUCUGUUCAGCUACAAUCCAACACUUACGAAAUGUUGGGCGACUCAGUUGCUUGGGGUGGAUGUACAAUAAUCUACCUGCUUGGCCAACAAUUGCAUUUUGAACUGUUUGAUUUUUCCCAUCAAGUCCUCAAUGUUGCCGAGGUGGAGUCUGUAGCAAUAUCGCCAACACAGAAGAAUCCUAAUUUCCUCCAGGGAAUUGAAGGUUUGCUAGAAGCUAUGAAGAAAGCUAGGAGGCUAAAUAAUCACGUAUUUUCAAUGUUGAAAGCCCGCUGCCCAUUGGAAGAUAAACAGGCUUGUGCGAUCAAACAAAGUGGUGCACCAUUGCAUCGGGUAAAAUUUGAGAAUACUGUGUCUGCCUUUGAAACAUUGCCACAGAAAGGUGCCUGAGAUCUUGCUUCUAUUUUCAUUGUGGGUGCUGGCAUGGUAUGCCCGUGUUAUUGUGUAUGUAAUAUAUGUAUAUUGCUGUACUUGUUGCUCUGACAAUGAAGGAUAGUACUUUAUCAGUGAUGGUAGAGAUUCAGAUGUUGUAAAACUAAGUAAAACGAGUUCAUCAAAAUAGUUGCUGAGGCAGCAGAAUGAUAUAUUCAACUAGUUCAAA